CACCAAAGCGAAAGCCUGUUAGACAGCUUCGGUUGCAAAAAUUCCUGCCUUUUUUUUUUUUUUUCCUCGGAAAGAAUCUAAUCCAAACACAUCUUUUUUCUCAGCCUCCAAACACGAAAGGAAUUAAUCUUUUUGGUUUGGAAGAGCUAGAGCUAGAGCUAGGGCUAGGUAGGUUCAGAGGAGAGUGAAGAUGAGUGAAAGACACGACGAGCUUGGGUUGGGUCUGAGCUUAGGAUGUGGUCGGAACAAUCAGCCUUCUUUUAUGUUGAAUCUCGUGUCUCUGGCUUCUCCGGUGACGGAAAAUCAUCACCAGAACAACACCUGGACAGAGCUAUUUCACUCUUCUGAUCGGAACACGGAUUCGAGGUCGUUUGUGCGAGGAAUUGAUGUGAAUCGAGCGCCGUCAGUGGCGGAAUGCGAGGAGGAAGCUGGAGUUUCGUCGCCGAACAGCACCAUUUCGAGCAUAAGUGGGAAGAGGAGUGAGAGGGACGCGAUUGGAGAUGAGAAUGAGGCGGAGAGGGCUUCAUGCUCUCGCGGGAGUGAUGAUGAAGAUGGCGGAGGUGGUGACGGGUCACGGAAAAAGCUCCGACUGUCGAAGGAACAGUCAAUGACUUUGGAAGACACGUUCAAGGAGCACAGCACUCUGAAUCCGAAACAAAAGAUGGCGUUGGCAAAGAAGUUGAAUCUGAGGCCCAGGCAGGUGGAGGUCUGGUUUCAGAACAGAAGGGCAAGGACGAAGUUGAAGCAGACAGAGGUGGAUUGCGAGUAUUUAAAGAGGUGCUACGAGAAUCUGACGGAGGAAAACCGGCGGUUGCAGAAGGAGGUGCAGGACCUCCGAGCACUGAAACUCUCUCCGCAGCUCUACAUGAACAUGAACCCUCCCACCACCCUCACCAUGUGCCCUUCCUGUGAACGCGUAGCAGUUCAAUCCUCGUCUUCUUCUGCGGCUGCUUCAUCCACUACUUCCGCUCCCAACCGCCAACAAAGGCCGAUACCGUUUAGUCCUUGGGCUAGUUUGCCGGUUGGCCACCGUCGACCGUUUGAUGCUCCGGCAUCUAGAUCGUAACCGUUGAUGGGAUGAUGAGGUUGGGGAUGGACAUUGAUGUUUUGGAAGGUUGUGUAUGAAUAUGUUUGGAGGAAAUUAAUGAUAAUUAAUGAAUUUGUGGUGGUGGUUAGGAUAACGUUUUUUGUUUUAAGGCAAAAUGGUUGUUACUCACUUACUCGUAAAGGGUGGAGAUAAGGAUAGUAAAAAUUGCUGUUUGUAAAUUAAAAGUGGAUGGUUUUG